AUGGCUAUCGAAAUCGAAACUCCCCAGGAACACUACCCUACCCGCCACGCCCUGUCCUGCGUGCUAAUGCGCGCCGGGACGUCAAAGGGCCUCUUCAUCCACCGGAAAGACCUCCCCGAGAAGGAAUCCGAAUGGGGUCCACAUCUCAUCUCAGCAUUGGGUUCGCGAAACAACGACGCAAAGCAGGUUGACGGCGUCGGCGGUGGUUCAUCUACCACGUCAAAGGUUGCUGUGAUUUCACUGUCGAACCGUGAAGAUGCCGACGUUGACUUCACUUUUGUUCAAGUCGCUGUUGGUAAAGAAUCAGUGGAUUUUUCAGGAAACUGUGGAAAUAUGAGUUCGGGUGUUGGACCUUUUGCUGUUCAGGAGAGGCUUGUCACACCGAAGCCGGGACAGACGGAGAUUGAUGUUAGGAUCUUCAACACCAACACGAGCAGAAUCAUCGUCGAGACUGUUGAGUUGGACCGCAACGGUGACUUCAAGGAGGAUGGCGACUUUAUCAUUCCUGGUGUUAAGUCACCCGGCAGUGAAGUAAAGUGCUCUUUCGUCGAUCCCGCCGGUAGCAUGGCGGGAAGCUUGUUCCCCUCUGGACAGAAGCAGCAGUGGCUUAACGUCGACCCUUCAUCAUUAUUACCUGAGAUGGCACCUUUUCAGAUCCGCGCUACUCUCAUCGACGCUGCGAACCCGUUCGUCAUGAUCAGCGCAGCAGACUUCACAACCAUCCUCGGCGCCAAUGCUGCACCAGAGACACAGCACGCUUUAGUCGAAGCAAUUCGAUGCCAAGGCGCUGUAGACAUGGGUUUGGCAACAAGCACAAAAGUCGCUGGCCUCACCCGCGGUACACCCAAGAUCGCACUUCUCUCUUCACCUACACACCGCGCCAACAAGACUCCCGAUAUCUACGUGCAGUCGUACUCUAUGGGUCUUCCCCAUCCAACACUCCAACUCACUGGCGCAGUUUGCUUAGGAUCGGCGGUUAGUAUCCAGGGUACUAUUGCCGCAGACCUAUCAGCUACGCCUAUUACCGAUGGACCUCCUACGCCUGAGCGUACACCAUCACCUGAUAUGCAGGGAGAGAGGAAGGAUACUGCGAAUACAAGACAGAUUAUUAUUGAACAUAGCAAGGGUACCAUUCCUGUUCUUGUAAAGAAGAAUGGGGAGGAUGGAAUUGAGAGCUGUGCUGUUUCACGAACGGCGAGAAGACUUUUUGAGGGACGGGUUUGUUAUUACUUGUAA